CCCGCAGCCCGAAACCUGCACAGGCUGCUUUUACUGCCUUUGUUGUUUACUGUUGUGUCUGUGUGGGUACGAUGCAGGCAGAACAGACCUGCUGCCAAAGCCUCAUGAGACCGAGAAGACCAAACAACUUCAGUGUAGAGACAAAUAAUAAGAUUCACAGGCUGUAAAUUGAUGAAAUUAAACUAACUGCUCGUUUCUUUUCUGAAAUGACUUAUUAUUCACUUAUUAUUCUUCUUCCAGCUCCGAAUACAAACUGUGGCAGGUUUGGUCCCUCGUCAUGAGGUCAUUGGGUCCAUGACAUUCAAAGCUUCUCACAUGGUUUCAUUUAAACGAUUGCUUUUGGUACAAAGAGCCCGAAGCUUCAAUGCUCAGAAGGCUGAAGCCAUGAUCAGAAAGCACCUGGAGUUCAGGAGGAAGAUGAAAGUGGACACCAUCAUAUCAGACUGGAAACCUCCAGAGGUGAUUGAGAAGUACGUGUCUGGAGGGAUGUGUGGAUACGACAAAGAGGGAAGUCCCAUCUGGUACGACGUGGUUGGUCCUCUGGAUCCCAAAGGUCUCCUGCUGUCAGCGACCAAACAGGACUUCAUGAAGACGAAGAUCCUCCACACAGAGAUGCUGCAGAGGGAGUGUCGCAGUCAGUCUAAGAAGCUGGGGAAGAACGUCGAAUCCAUCACUCUGAUCUACGACUGCGAAGGACUCGGACUGAAGCACAUCUGGAAACCUGCCAUUGAGACUUACGGAGAGAUCCUCACCAUGUUUGAAGAGAACUAUCCAGAGGGGCUGAAGAGGGUGUUUCUUAUCAAAGCUCCCAAAAUGUUUCCCAUGGCCUACAACCUAAUCAAACACUUCCUGUGUGAAGAAACGCGACGCAAGAUCAUCGUUUUAGGAAGUAACUGGCAGGAAGUGUUACGUGCACAUAUUGAUCCGGAGCAGCUUCCUGUGGUGUACGGAGGAGCCCUGACUGAUCCGGAUGGAGACCCUCGCUGCAGGACCAUGAUCAAAUAUGGCGGCACAGUGCCCAGGUCGUACUACGUUCAGGACUCGGUGAAGAUUCAGUACGACAGCAGCGUGACCAUCAGCCGCGGCUCCGUCUUCCAGCUGGAAUACGACGUUAAAGCACCCAGCAGCCUUCUGAGAUGGCAGUUUGCCAGCGAUGGAGCAGAUAUCGGGUUCGGCGUGUACAGGCGCACCAAACAGGGCGCCGGUCAGAAAGUGACCGAGAUGCUGCAGGUUCUGCCCAGUGAACGCUACAAUGCACACCUGGUCCCUGAAGACAACUGCCUCACCUGUCCCGAGGCCGGAGUCUACGUGCUGUGUUUCGACAACAGCUACAGCAUCCUUCAGUCCAAGAGGGUGAGCUACAAGGUGGAGGUUCUUCCUCCUCCGGACGGUCAGGUGCAGAGUCCACGCAGCAGAGGAGACCAGAGGCUGCAGUGAGGAAAUCCCAGAUCCCCGUGUGACCGAAAACAUCAGGGCCGGGUUAACCCUCUGUGGGGGCCCUCCGGGGCAAAAAAUGAGCCGUGGGCACCCACUGACGCCACCAUUUCUCCAACUCCGUGCAUGUCUUGGAUCAUAAUUAGUAGUUAGCUGCUGGAAAGCAGAGUUUCACUGCUCGUGCUGGUUGAACGUUUCAUGUCCGUUAACGGCUGUAACCACGUCAGGGUGUGUGUGUUUGUCUCAUCCUCCACCCGGAUCGCAGACGCCGGGUUUCUUGUUAAUGUGAUGUUUAGGAGAAACCAGACUGCGUUAUUUAAGGUGCAUGUACACACACUGAGUGAUGUCACGCAGUACCGACACAUCCUGGAGUACACGUCUACAUCACAAGCAGAAAGUUGAGAAGUGAAACCACUAGAGGGCAGCAAAAACAAGACUCAGAGUAUUAAGUUACUCUUCAGGAACUGAAGAUAAGUAUCAGGCCCCUGUUACUUUAGUUUAGUGGUUCAUGCAGUCUUAACAAAGAAAUCUCAGCAAUCUCUGACGGGGCCGAUGCUGUGGGGCCCCCGAGGGGGGCGGUUUUGGGCAGAUAAUCCAGUCGUGUUUCACGUUAGAUUAGAUUAGAUUCAACUUUAUUGUCAUUACACAUGUACAAGUACAAUGCAACGAAACGCAGUUUGGCAUCUAACCAGAAGUGCAAUAAGCAGUAAGUGCCAGGUAUACAGUUACAAAGUGUAAAGAUUUACAAUAUCUGACCGGGACAUUUUAGGACAGCAGUGACAUAAAGAUUAUUUUGGAGAACCUGUUUCAACAACAUUUUAAACCAGAAUUUCACAUCCUUCACUCUCGCACUGAAGUGAAGGAUACUGAUAAUAAACCUGAUAUGUGACGUAUAAACGCAGCCUUUAAAACCAUUAUAAACUACUGUCAUGUCAACAAAAUAAGAUGAUUUAUUUUUAAUUUAUGAAAUUGUUCAGUUACGUUCAGUUUGCAUUUGAUUUCAACUUCUAAUAAAUUGUGUAUUGAUAAGAAA